AUGGCGACGAACAGCUUGGCUUUCUUGGUUGCCAGAGGAGGGGCGGCCUCUUCAGCAGCUGUUGCUAGCAGGCACAGCGUGGCUAAAGCACCGGCCCGCGGCUUUGCGGCUCCCGGUGCGGGUGCCUGUUUUGCGGGAGUCGCAGUCGCCGCGGUCCAUGCUCGCUCACGGCGGACGGUCCGUGGCAGUCGCGGCAUCCAAAGCUCGCGGGUGGCCAUGGGGGGAAUGCUUCGAAUGAUCGCCGAGGACGAAGCACUGCCUGGUCGGGCAUCAGAGAUGCCAAUUGCCGAGAAGCAUUUCGUUCUGGGAACUCCGAUGAAGGGCCCAUGGCCUGAAGGCUCAGACAUGUUUGUGUUUGCAAACGGCUGCUUCUGGGGCAGCGAGAAGGGUGUUUGGAGGCUUCCUGGCGGAGGCAUAAUCUCAACUGCUGUAGGGUACGCAGCUGGCUUCACGCCAAAUCCCAACUACCAGGAAGCUUGCAGUGGCCUUACAGGUUCGACGGAGGCAGUUCAGGUGGUCUUCGAUCCCGAAAAGGUUGGACUUAUCGACAUCCUGCGAUGGUUCUGGCAGGCACACGAUCCCACACAAGGCAUGGGACAAGGCAACGAUCGUGGCACGCAGUACCGCAGUGGCUUGUACUACUUUAACGACGAGCAGAAGGAGAUUUUCGAGGCGAGCAAGGCGGCUUACGAGUCGGCACUCGAGUCAGCUGGUCGUGGACGUGGCCAAGUGACAACGGAGAUCAUCUCAGCGAAUGCCUUCCCAGAUGGAAAGGUUUUUUUCUAUGCAGAGGACUACCACCAGCAAUACUUGGCCAAGCCUGGCGCAAGGCCCUACUGUUCAGCUCAGCCUCAAGUGGUUGACUUGCCGGCCUUUGAAAGCUGGUGCCCUCAGCACCUGCAGGAGAAGUACAAGCCCAAGCUGGGCGAGGACUUUUGGAAGGAACACGGUCCCAAGCCGCACUGCGUUAUCAUGUCUCCUAAUGAGCCGAUUGUGUGGCCGUAG